AUAGAUAUUUAGAUUUGCAUUUUUAGAUUUUAUUGUACGACUUUGUCGGAUUUAUUGAUUUAUAUAUCCAUGCCAAAUUUCAGCUUUCUAGCACUAACGACCACGGAGCAAAGCCUCGGACAGACAGACAGACGGACAUGGCGAAACUAUAAGGGUUCCUAGUUGACUACGGAACCCCAAAAAGGUCUUUGAGAAAGUGUGAUUCGAUUUUUUUAUAUGAUUAUUAUAGUGUUGUAUUUUCUUGCUAUGAAAGCCCGUUUUAAGUACCCUAAUCAAGCCCUUAUGGUCUCUAAACGUAUGGGAUUAUUGCGGCAUUUGAUGGAUCUAUUAAAUUCAUUGCUCCUACCCAAAGAAUAUAAUACUCACUAGGAGCUCCUACCUACUUAGCCGACAAUUAUUGAAAAUCGAAUGCCAUUUGUUGCAACGUUUGUAGAAGCCUUAACACUUUUUGAACCGCCCUAAACUAGAAAUUGUAAGUGAUGUGUGUACCGGAACGUGAAACCAUCUAGACCAUAGAUGACAGGUGACAGACUGACACUACUGACAGUCAUACGUUUAAUAUCGAAGAUAUUGAAAUAUGGGCUAAAACAAUGAGAAAAUAAAUACAAUUUAUAGGUUUAUCUGUGAACGAACUGUAAUCAAAAUAAUAAAUAUCUUAACGUGUUAUUUUUCUAUUAAUUAAUAGCUAGUUACGUACUUGACUUGUGUCAACUUGGGUCAACAAAUUUUUGUUUCUCUCAUUAAUUUGUUAAGUAGUUAAGUGCCUUUGUUUUUGUGAAACUAAAUGGGCACAGAGCAUCAGUACAGUGGACUCCUGAUCGUGAAGAUAUCGGUGUUUAUCCCCUGACUUGCAGUGGCGAGUUUCAUCAACUCGUCUAUCGUCAGAUAGAAAUGGAAGUGUGGGUUAAAGUUAAAGAGGAGCCCUCGUGGGACGCCGAGCUAGGAUCCGAUUACGACUGCCACGGGCAUGUCGCAGAGACUGGGCAGUCUUCAGACACUAUGCCUGUUGUGAAAAAAGAAGCUCUAAAUACAACGGAAGAAUAUCAGAAUAUUUUAGAAACAGCCAUUGAUGAUCUUGAGAAAACUAUACAUAUAAAGGUAGAAGAAUUGGAAGAAGAAAAUGUAGACAAGAAGGAAGCUCCAGAUUUCGAGCAUACUCUAAAUACGAAGAAAAUAGCACAGAAUGUGAAGACAGAGGCCUCACCGAACGAGGAGCUGUAUGCGGACGGUGUGGUCAAGGACGAGCUUGUGCUGAGCCCGGAAACAGUGCAGAUGCCCCAUAAAGUGUGGCUGAGUGAAGAACACAGUCUGCUUGUUCGCGAGCUGGACACCGCGGAGCAACACAGAUAUGAGUGUGACAUUUGCGGCAAAGUAUAUCAACGAAAACAUUUCCUGGUCCGCCAUAUAAAGAUGCACUCGAAAUUUAAUAAGGGUUACCCAUGUAAUAUAUGUAUAAAAGUGUUCUCAAAACGGAGUGCUUUAAACAGACAUGAACUAUCACACACUGGCGCAAAAAACUUUUCAUGUGAGACGUGUAAUAAAAAGUUUACACAAAAAGGUCAUUUAAAUGAUCAUAAACUCACACACACGGGAGAGAGACCUUACGCCUGCAAUAUGUGUUCAAUGCAGUUCAAAAGAUCAACUCAUUUAAUUGUACAUAAACGAUCACAUACUGGGGAGACACCGUACUCCUGUGAAUUUUGCGAAAAGAAGUUUAGAAGUUCGGGAGGUUUAGUGUCGCACAGACGCAUCCACACCGGGGAAAAAGCGCAAUAUGCCUGCGACAUAUGCAACAAAACGUUUUCUAGCAACCGGGACCUGACGAGGCACCAACGAGUACAUACGGGGGAAAAACCUUUUGUUUGUGAAAUAUGUAAAAAGGCUUAUAAGCAAGAUGCUCACUUAAAAACACAUUUAAAAACACAUACUGGUGAUUCGUGAAAAAAUCACACUUAUGUAUUGGUACAAAAUGGAGUUAAUGGCAUUAACUAGUUUAAAAAAACAUCAAAUAACUCACAGUAAAGAAAAGCCUUUCUUUGUGAAGUGUACAACAAGUGGUUUCAGACACUCGGCUCUUUACGGGCACAUCAGCGAAUACACAGUUGGGAGCAACCUUACUGCUGUAAGAUAUGCAGAAAACAAUUUUGGGUAUUUGAAUGUGCUCAAGAAGAAUACCAAACUGAUUCAUGCAGGAGAUGAGUUGGUGAUGCUGAAAAUGAGUGUUUUGCUCUUGGGCCAAAAAGGGCCUAUGGCCCGGCAAGUUGCGACGAUCGUCGCAAGCAAAGGUGCUUGAUAGUGAUUAUUUUUAUUUUAUUUGGAAAACAAAGUGGAAAAUAAUCAAGUCUGUUUGAUUAUA